GAUUCCUCUCAAGCCCCUGCGACUCCCGCGGCGAGCGACGGCUCCAAACCUGUCGCCUCCCACGGCGUCAACAUGUUUUUCGUUCGCGAUGACGUCGCAGACGCGUCGCACGGUUUCGCCACCGCGACAGCCGCUCGCACACACCCUGCCGCCGUCCCUGCUUAUGCCAUUUCUGGCCCACGGUCCCCCGCUCCUAGGUCCUCUCUCCCCCACAGCCUUCGUCAUAAGGCCGUUAGCCGGAUGUCAGUACCGGAUGUGAACAAAGAGUCGAUCGUCGUGAAUGCAUCGAAAUCGCAUGACUCGCACAGACAUCAGCACCAACAGGAUCGUCAUCAGCAGCAGAUGCAGCCGCUUUAUCAGCAGAAGGACGCCCGGAAACCAGUUUACGUGCCUGAGAUGAUGCGAGAGGAGGUGACUGACGGCGACGAAUUGCCCGACCGUUGGGACUCGUGCGAAGGGGACGAUGCGGCUGCGACGCAGAGUAAUGGAAUCGCGAAGACCUGCGCGCACUGUGGCACAUCGAAAACGCCCCUGUGGAGAAAUGGGCCUCCCGGACCCAAG